AAGGGGAGAGAAGCGGCAUGGAUGCCCAUGAGCUCUUCCGAAGACUUGGAGCUGGAGCCAAGUUCGACGUGAGGCGCUUCAGGCGGGACGCGGAGCGUUUCGGGGUACUCAGAACUAAAGAUGAAGCAAUUGGAACAUCAGAGAUUCUUGGAGCUCUUGAUUUUUUUGGAAAGAAAAGAGAAAAAAAAGUCCAUGAAGCUCAAACCGAAACACCGGAGCUGUCUAAUUUGCACCUUGAAGAGGUAGCAGUAGCACCAAAAACAGAGGCUGCAAAGAAGAGAAAAGGAAAUGGACAAAGCACUGAAGGGAGGAAGAAAAGGAAAAAAGGCCAAGAAACAGUUCCUGUAAUUCCUGGCACUGAAAAUGAUGGUAUAUUAUGGAUGUCCACUCUGGAGGCAGAACUCAACAUUCCAAAAACCAAGGGUGAGAAGGAGCCCGUAGCAGAGAAAUUAAAACGAAUUAGACAAGAAAAGAUAAAUCAUUUCAGAAAUAAGCACAAAAUCUACAUUCAAGGAACGGAUCUUCCAGACCCAAUUGCUUCCUUUGAACAUCUUGGAAGAGAAUAUAAAAUCCACUAUAAGAUUAUGCAGAAUAUUGAAGCUGCUGGAUUCCAGAUCCCCACACCAAUUCAGAUGCAAGCUAUUCCUGUCAUGCUUCAUAGUCGUGAGCUCCUGGCUUGUGCUCCCACUGGCUCAGGGAAGACGUUGGCUUUUAGCAUUCCCAUUUUAACCCACCUUAAGCAGCCCAUGAAUAAAGGUUUCAGAGCUCUUGUACUGUCACCCACGCGGGAACUUGCUAGUCAGACCCACCGAGAGCUACUUAAGUUGUCUGAGGGUAUUGGCUUCAGGAUACAUCUGAUCCACAAAGCUGCUGAGACGGCAAAGAAGUUGGGACCAAAGUCUUCUCAGAAAUUUGAUAUUUUGGUGACUACUCCAAACAGACUUAUCUAUCUGUUGAAUCAAGACCCCCCAGCAAUAGAUCUGACCAGAGUUGAAUGGCUGGUAGUUGAUGAGUCAGACAAGUUGUUUGAAGAUGGGAAGACAGGAUUCCGAGACCAGCUGGCUACCAUCUUUCUGGCCUGUUCCUCCCACGUUGUCAAGAGAGCCAUGUUCAGUGCAACAUUUGCACAUGAUGUUGAGCAAUGGUGUAAACUCAACCUUGAUAAUAUCAUAUCUGUAUCCAUUGGAGCAAGAAAUGCUGCAGUUGAGACGGUGGACCAAGAGCUCUUAUUUGUUGGAUCAGAGACAGGAAAAUUGUUAGCUAUGAGAGAUCUUGUGAAAAAGGGCUUCACACCUCCAGUCUUGGUUUUUGUCCAGUCUAUUGAACGGGCUAAAGAGCUAUUUCAUGAGCUUGUUUACGAAGGCAUCAAUGUGGACGUCAUUCACGCAGACAGGACCCAGCAGCAGAGAGAUAACGUAGUCCACAGUUUCAGAGCUGGGAAGAUCUGGGUCCUUAUCUGCACUGCUUUGCUGGCUAGAGGGAUCGACUUCAAAGGAGUGAACAUGGUUAUCAAUUUUGACUUCCCAAGUAGUGCCGUGGAAUAUAUCCACCGGAUAGGUCGCACGGGGAGGGCAGGACACACAGGAAAAGCAAUUACCUUCUUUACUGAAGAUGACAAGCCAUUACUGCGAAGCAUUGCCACCGUUAUUCAGAGAGCUGGUUGUCCUGUGCCGGACUACAUAAAACACUUUCGCAAACUGCAGAGCAAGCAAAAGAAGAAAUUUAUAAAGAAGCCUUUGGAAAGGGAACACAUCCUUACAUCUCCUAAGUUCUUACAGAAAAAGGCCAAGAAGAACAAGGCCCUUGUCCAGAAAAGGAUAAAGAACUCCAAGGAAGUCCAGAAUAACAAUUCUCAGGCGCAGGCAACUCCAGAAAAUUGAUUCAGCAGCUUUGUCAAAAUAAACAAGGAAUCUUUGAUCUUUGCAAGAAGAAUAAAUCUGAGGAGCCCCUUCUUGA